AUGAAGAGUAUUUUCGCCGCUGUCCUGGCAUCAGCCGCUUCUAGCGUGCUCGCUGCUCCAUCUCCCGUGGAGAAUGGUCCCAUCACCGCUCGCGCUGUCGGCGCUGCUGCCGCCGCUUGUGCGACUCCCGUCACUCUUUCCGGCAAUCCUUUCGCUUCCCGUCAGAUCUAUGCCAACAAAUUCUACUCCUCUGAGGUUUCAGCGGCUGCUGCUGCUAUGACUGACUCGGCUCUCGCCGCUUCUGCCACCAAGAUCGACAUUGUCGAAGACACCAUCAAGGACGUUCCUUGUGACCAGAUCGCUGCUUUGGUCAUCUACGAUCUUCCCGGUCGUGACUGCGCCGCUAAGGCUUCCAACGGAGAGCUUCCUGUGGGGAGCCUGGAGACUUACAAGACUGAGUACAUUGACCCCAUCGUUGCAAUCUUCAAGAAGUACCCCAACAUCGCCAUUGCUCUAGUCAUCGAGCCCGAUUCGCUGCCCAACUUGGUCACAAACGCCAACCUCCAGACCUGCAAGGACUCAGCCGAGGGCUACCGCAAGGGUGUUGCAUACGCCCUCAAGUCGCUCAACCUGCCCAACAUUGCCAUGUACAUUGAUGCUGGUCAUGGAGGAUGGCUCGGCUGGAACGACAACUUGAAGCCAGGAGCCAAGGAGCUGGCCACUGUUUACAAGGACGCUGGCAGCCCCAAGCAAGUCCGCGGUGUCUCCACCAACGUUGCCGGCUGGAAUGCCUACGACCUCAGCCCCGGCGAGUUCUCCAAGGCCACUGACGCACAGUACAACAAAGCGCAGAACGAGAAGCUCUUUGUCUCCAUGUUCUCUCCGGAGCUCAAGUCCGCUGGCAUGCCAGGCCAAGCCAUCAUAGACACUGCUCGCAAUGGUGUCACUGGCCUCCGUAAGGAGUGGGGUGACUGGUGCAACGUCAAGGGCGCCGGCUUCGGUGUCCGUCCCACCGGCAACACUGGCAACACCCUCGUCGAUGCUUUCGUUUGGGUCAAGCCUGGUGGCGAGUCUGAUGGUACUUCAGACUCGAGCGCAACCCGCUACGACUCUUUCUGUGGAAAGGACGAUGCAUUCAAGCCAUCACCCGAGGCUGGUCAGUGGCACCAGGCUUACUUUGAGGAGCUGGUCAAGAAUGCUAAGCCAGCGCUUUAA